AGGUCCAGGCUCCGUAAGGUGGAAGCCUUUAACCUUGACACUGCUGAUACUGCGCGGCAUUUGCUACGCCCUUGCGUAGCAGCUCCACAGAUAUUUGAGCACUAUUCUAUGUCGGACUCAAUCCGAACUUUGUAAUAAAGCAACGACGUGAGCCUCACAGAAUGACAAGAUGAACUUAAGUGUAUAUUGUAAAAUUUGACUUGACCAACAAACUAGCACCCCAAUAACCGAUAGCACACAUUUCCGUUUAUUUGCUGCGUAUUCUAGAAAGAUUACUUCGCCAAUAAAACAAAACACAAACAGCAUCAACUCGGCUAACCAUCAGCGUCGGUCGGGGUCAGAUUGUGAAAGACUAUUGGGAGAUAAAAAGCUUGGAUGUUUAAAUUUUCCCAGCACCCAGCGAUGAUGGCAUGCCUACAGUCCAAAUAACAAACAACAUAAUGCAAUAUCAAACCACCAAUGACGAUACUCGCUUGGUUGGAUCUUUCUUAUCUCGACAUUUUUCACACAAUGUUAUAUAAACUCCGACAACAGCUUUGACUUCAAGUUCAGUUGCUGAUAGUGCCAAAUUCAGGACGGACGUUUUUGUUAGUUGUUGAUAAAAUCUAGUGACAUUUGGAAUCAUGGUGAAUAAGAACGCUUUAGCCAAUGGAAAUGGCGUAACUCAUCAAAACAGAAACAACCACAAGCAGCAUGGUCACAGUCACCAUGACAAUGCUCACCACAAAAACACGCAAUGUGUUGACCAGGAACUCAGGCUGGAUAGAACCGACGAGGAGUUUCUGGAAAAUCACGUCGUCCAUGCCAAAAACGAUAAAUUGAAUAGGUGGUCCUGUGAAACCUCAUUUUGGAGCUCCUCAUGAGUACUAUAUAGCAGGGUGCCAAAGUUGAGAGCUUUUUUUCAACCAAAUGUGCCAUAUUUCUCCUCUCCAUAAGAAGAGUGUUGUAACAUGCUAUUUUUUUUUUGUAAUUAGCUGUUGAGUUAUAAGUUAUUGAAUAUACACAUACAAAAAAUGCUGAUAUUUGACAUCCUGCUACCCCCGAUAUUUUGAAAUAUAGUGAGCCCCAAAACGAGGUAUCACUUAUCCCCUAUUCUAUUAAAAAAUGUUACAAGAUGGUGUUUGGGAAUAUCGACAAAUUAAGUGUACCCUUUUGACUUACAAAUACUCAAGCUUUCGACAGGCUACGCUGUCAUCUUCAGGAGUCCGUCAAUAAGAUUGGUGCUAGUGUUUGAUGUUUUAAAUUGUAUUUGGGAACACAUGGCAAGAUGAUAAAAAACUGGACUUACGCGGAUCCUUUUUUAAAAACGGUAUAGAACAUAACUAUGUUUUAGUGAUAAAAUAUGGAUGGAUUGCGACAGACAUUGUUGAUUGAAUAAAAUUCCUCAAAAACUUCACAUAUUCACUCUUGGGCACUUUGUGAGCGAUGGACAGUCACAAGUCAGAAGGCGUUGGGUAAAAAGAUGUAAGGUUUUCAGUUGGACGUCACGUGCCCCAUACUUUCGCCCACAAACUCCCAUCUUUUCGGAGCAGGUAUAGCCUACUUCAAAAGCUUGCCCCGACGAGUGGGAGAAUGUAGACGGCAUUGAGGUGACCCAGCACAUUAUUAAGGAAAUCCAGCGAUACUGCAAAUGCUCUUACUUCAAAAUUCAAUCACAUUCAUACGAAAUUUCAUUCAAAUAUCAUUUUUACCGAGUGUUCUAUUUCUUUGGUCACUGAGUAUAUGUGAUCUUAUAGACAGUGGGAAUUGUGGCAAAUAUGAUUGAAGAUAUUGGAUAACGAUCGUGUAUAUUUGUUCAAGCAAAACCCCUAAGUUCUCAGAACAUAUUUGCUUCUAUAGUAAUCACCACCUGAAAGGAGUAGCUUAAUGAUAGAUAAAAUUGAUUUUGGUAAAAAAAGCCAGUGAAAGAAAAAGAUAUUGACAUUGUCCCAAGGUACUUCGAUUAUCAGUUCCUGGUUUGAUCUUACAUAAGUUUAAUGAAAAUAAAAUGCAGGGUAAGAUACAGGUUUCAUUCAAUGGUUUGUGAUCCGUUGCUUAGUACCUUCUGAAUCUAAGGAUGGAGUUCAUGUAAGAACCAAUAAUUUUGCAUAACUUACUUUUGAUUUCAAACUUUCAUACAUAGAAUACCUUGAUGAAUAAUUAGUAAAUGGGCCGAAUCAUUUGCCAAAUAAUUUGAUUAGUUUUCAUACUUAUUAUUUCUUCCUUGUCAUUUGUAGCAUUUUCAAUUACUUGUAGUACUAAGUAAUAUCAUGUAUAGCUUGUAAGUGUUCACUGCAUACUCCUUAAUGAUGUGAAAAUACAGGCAAACUUUUUGUGAAUAACAGAAUCCAUUAAAGCAUGUCUAGUGAAACUAAGAUAGGCGAGAUAUUUUUUGUCAGUGACUAUUUGGACAAUGAAGCCAUGUAAUGUUAUAGUAGUCUAAAAAUAUUUUAUACUUAACAUGAUAUUUUUUUCAGGUACACUUUCGAAACUCUGACCCAAACAGCAAAUUACUUGAAGAAACAUGUGUCAUUUACACCAAAAAUAGGAAUUAUUUGUGGGUCUGGACUGGGUGCGUAUUGGGAUAAAGGUCUAUUUUGCUUUUUUUUAUUUUCUCGCCUUCAUCAUCUCUAUACGCAAAAGCACCUCACAUAGUUAUUCAUUCCAUCAUUUUUAAUCAUUUGUUCUUAUAUUUAAAAAAAAUUAUAUAUAUAUUUUAUAAGUUAUGGUGACAUCUAAGAUAAAAUAAGAGCAAUAAAUACUACAUAUUGCCGUAAGCCUUGUGCUUCAAAUAUGCUGUAUGAGAAACAUGCAAAAAUAGAGAUUGAUUUUUUGAGAGCUGUAAACAUUAGAAUAUCUAUGUAGGCCAUUAUCGAUAAGUUCACAGUUAAUCUACCUGUAUAUUCAGUAGAUUUUACCUUAUAAUAAAACUAACAGCUGUCUUUUUUUCUAAUUUCUACGUAAUUAAUUUUUUUAUAUAUUCGCCUCCACGCUUCGGCUUGUAACUUUGCUUACUUCGCUUUUUCCUCAUUUUCUCACAUUUUUUCUUUUCAAAACAACUCGGUAUAACUUUGUACAAUUUCCAAUAUCGCAUUGCAGGUAGUCUAGCAGACUCAGUUGAAAAUAAAAUAGAAAUUCCCUAUGAAAACAUUCCUCAUUUCCCAAGGAGUACAGUGAAGGGACAUGUUGGUGA